UUUGAUUCCGGAUAUUGGAAAUUAGGUUGUCUUCCAAUCAAGAUGGCUGACCCAGUCGUUUCACUUUUCAUUGGAACCGGUUUGAGCGAACAGAAAGCGAAAGAAACUUUAAAAAAUGAAUUAGUUACUCAAAAUUUAAAGAGUGCUAUAGAACAGGUUGGCAAUGUGUCUGAGGACCUGAAGACAGAUAAAGAUGUUGGUAAACUACUCUAUCAUGUAGCAACCAAAUUGAAAACACGUAAAUACCAGAGACAAAUUGUUGACUAUAUUGCAACAAAAAAGAUAACUUCCGAAAACCAGUUAAAAUGGUGUGAUUAUAACACCCAGAUCAAAGUGGAAGCUGCUGUAGAGGAUGUGAUAGGGAAACACAAGGCCGGGCUACAAGCUCAGAGAUACAAAAUAUAA